AAUAGUCACAAAAAUACUUCUACUACUCUUAAAAAGUUAGAUGUGACAUUAAUAACAGUCUCUUCUCCUUUAUAAAAUCACAAUUCUCAUGCAUAUGAUAAAGCACAAUCACAAUUCAUCACAACCCUCAAGGCUAGCCACUACCACACCAAACUCCUAAAAAAACUGCAGCAUCUACUCUUUCUUUUGUUUUAUUCUUUUCUCUCUUCCUACCCCAAAACACAGACAAAUAAUGGUAUCUCUUGAGUCUGUUCCCAGAUCCAUUGAUGCACCUUCAAGCCCCAGAAUAUCUUUCUCUGCUGAGUUCUUAGAUGAGAACAACUUCAUCUCCAUAAGUCCAAACCCUGAGUAUGAAAGAGAUAAUGAAGAGAAGAAGGAAGGUGCUGCAGAGAGAGGAGGAGCAAAGAAUAGUAAUAAUAAUAAUGCUGCAGAUUUUGAGUUCCUCUCAAACAAUGUGAGUAACAACAACAACACAGUGUUAACUGCUGAUGAGCUUUUCUUUGAAGGGAAGCUUCUUCCCUUUUGGCAGAUGCAGCAUCUUGAGAAGCUAAGCAAGAUCAACCUCAAAGCCAAAGAGGGAGAAGAAGAAGAAGAUGAUGAUGAAGAUGAAGAGUUAGAAGAGGAAGUUGUAGUAGUGAACAACAACAACAACAGUAGCAAUAACAAGGAAGAGAGUAGUAGAGUGAACUGGUUUGUGGAUGAUGAUCCAUCUCCAAGGCCACCAAAGUGCACUGUUCUUUGGAAAGAGUUGCUGAGGUUGAAGAAGCAACGUGCUUCUUCUUCCUUGUCACCUUCAUCUUCUUCCUCAUCUUCAUCAUCUUCUGCAAGCUCACUUGGUGAUGUAGCAGCAAAAGAAGGAAAAGAACAAGGAUCAUCAAGGAACAAUAACAAUAAUAAUCAUAAGGAGCAGCAUGUGAAGAGGAUCAAGAAAGGGUUAGAGAGAACAAGGUCAGCUACUAUUAGAAUUAGACCAAUGAUUAAUGUUCCAAUUUGCACCCAGGUCAAAAGCAGUGCCUUGCCACCUCUUUUUCCACUCAAGAAAGGAAGAUUAGAGAGGUAAAAAAAAUAAAAGAAAGAUUUUGGAGUAUUCAUAAGUUUGUUUAGUUUGAUCCUCCUUAUUAGUCCUCAGAGUUCUUCUCAAAUAAAUUUCCUUAUUUGUUUUUAUGAUCAAA